AAAAAAACUCAAGAUCUGUAUGUUGCUCACUCAACGAUCGAGACACUCAACGCCAACAUCCAGCAUGCUGAGAGCGAGAACGCUGAGCUCAAGGUCGCGCUCGCGGAGGAGACGAAGCGGCGUCAUGAGGCGGAGGAGGCGCAGCAGUCGAGGAACGCUCUGGUCACGGCAAACAGGGAGCUGGUCCAAGGACUGCAGGAGGACCUGGAAGAGGCGCACGCCCGGGAGAGAGCUGCCCAGGAAAUGGUGGUCAGCCUGGAGGGACAGGUGCGACAGCUGAGUGACCGGGUUGCCAUGGUGACACAGUCAUCGUCCGACCGCAGUCUCUUACUGGAGGAGGAGGCGAGGAACUCGGAGAUCCAGGAGCAAGUGGCGAGGCUGACCGUGGAGAAGGAAUCUUUGCAGAGCAGAUUGUUGGAGGCAGCGCAAGAACUGGAGAAGAAAAUGUCGGAAAAUUCUCAACUUCAGUACGAGCUGAGAGAAAAGGAAGAGGAGCUGGAGUGUUGUGAGGCCCAGUUUGUGUCCCAGUGCAACAUCACCGAGCGUCUCCGUGAACAGCUGCAAGAGUUGAGAGUUCAGAUCGAGUCGGAGGCCGGACAAGUGGACACGGACAGGAAGGGGAACUCUCUUUUUGCUGAGGUGGAAGACCGGCGUGUGAUGGCGGAGAGAAAAACGGUCCAGACGGAGACGCUGCUGUCUAAGACGGAGGAGAAGUUGAUCAAGUCGGAGAAAGAGAACAAGAGACUGAAGAAAGAGAUGAUGUUAGCGCGGCAAGCGAGCGCGGGCUUCGAUCACGGCGUGGUGAAAGAUCUCCAGAGUCAGCUGAUGAAGAGCAAGAAGGCCGUCAUUGAACUCUCUGAGAAACUGAACGAGAAAACUUCUUCCUCCCGCCCAAAGCACGUUCCAGAGCCCAGUUGUCCUUCAUUGGGGAGCUGUACAGAUGAGGACAAAUUCUUCAUCAACUACCUGCAAGUGGUCAUCUCCGACAAAGACAGGGAGAUGAAAGAGCUACAGAGCACGGCCAGCCGAGAACACAUGGAGAAACUACACACGGAUCUGCUCCUGACACAAGCGCGCCACGAGGCCUCGGCUCUGCAGCAAGAGAGGAACCGGCUACGGUGUGUCACCUCCACGCUGGAGGCAGAGAUACGCUCAUUGCAGCGCAAGUAUGAGCCAGACCAAGUGAGCCCAAUGUCACCAGGAGAUGUGGGAAACAAGCUGCAGCGAGCUCUCCCUCUGUCGGAGAAGACUCCAGCCAACGUCGACAACACGGUCAGAACGGAGGAGAAGUCUCACCCCCCGACCAAACAACACCCGACGUCGAGCCUGAAGAAAGAGAACGACCCGCUGUCGAUGAUCGCUCACGUUCUGUCCGGUGGGGGUCAAGGGUCGGCCGACCGGGUCAAGGGCAUGCGGUGGUCGAGCACGGUGGACACGCUCGCGGCAGACGGGGAGAAGAGCACAGCGGAGAUGAAGGUCGACGACUCGAAGACGGGACGCCGCCGGCCGAAGAGAACGGGCGUCCAGCCGGGGGCGGGGAAAUACAAGAGUGUGACGUACUGUGAGGCGUCGGACGAGGGAGCCAGCGAGUGUAAACAGCAGUGAGA